CAAUUAACCUAAUUCGCAGCCUCCAUCUUCCUCUUCCUUUUUUUUUUGCUUUUACUCGUUUCCUUAACCUACAAUGGCUACAAGUGCGAAUACAAUGGCUACAAGUGCGAAGUUUAGCUUGAAACUUCUCGUCGAUGAGAAGAAAAACAAAGUUGUGUUGGCUGAGGCCGGUCAAGAUUUUGUGGAUGUGCUCUUCGGUCUCAUGACACUCCCAAUGGGGACUAUUGCAAGAUUGUUGGCGAAGCAUCAGAAGCUACCACAAUUCCUAGGUUGUUAUAAGAAUCUUAAUCGAAGUGUUUCAGAUAUGGUCAUUGAUGAUUUUGAGACCGAGGCUUGCAAGAGUAUGUUGCUGUCUCCCAAGAGUUCGCAUGAGAUCCAUUGCAGAAGACUCACGCUAAAUAUCGAUGAUACUCAGGCCACAAAUUUCUACGUGUGCCCUAAAUUGUAUGAGAGCGAUUCUUGCAAGGCAUACACCAAUUUUUGCUCCUCUAGGUGUAGGUGUGGAUCAUUGAUGAACAUUCGGGUUCGGCUCCCAGAAGAUGAGCAAGUUAUAGGCUCCAUAGGAAAUGCUGUAGAUGGAGUGUUUGUCAGCUGUAGAUCCUCUUUCAUUAUCACAGAUGAUUUGAAAGUGAUGUUGAACUCUAUUGAUGAAUUAGUGAAGGUGCUCAAUGGCCUAGGCUAUCCAAAUUUAAGCGAGUUGCAGGAAAUGGUCCUUGAUGUUGGCUCUGACGAGGUGCUAACUCUACUGGGGAAUUUAUUCGCUUCAGAGUCUCCCUUAACAAGUACAUUCCUCAGGAAACAGUGCAUGCCAACGAUGCUUACAUGGCCCCCUCCACCUAUGUUAAAAACCGGACGAGCAGAACAGGGCAGAGAAUGCUAUAUUAAAACGUUUGUUGGAAAGUCAGAUAGAAAGAUUCUUUAUGCUGAGUGCAGUGAAGACUUCAUUGAUUCUCUUCUCACUUUUCUUGUUCUCCCUCUUGAGUCAGCGUCUUCGCUCUCCAAUAACAAUACCAUAUUGGGAUGUGUCAAGAAUUUGUGCAGAUGUGAAUGUAGAAGAGAGUUGCCUUACCGUUGUUGUCUUCCAGCUUAUUAUACUUGCAGUAAGAAUCUGCUUGAUAUUGCUAGCUGCUCGUCAGGAGCAUAUGAAUGUUUAAUUCCCAAGAGGUGUUUCACUACCUCGCUUUGCAAAUUCUCAAAACGGAUUGAAAGAUCUGUUCUUGAAAAAGGUGACAAAGUUGUUGCUUUGAGUCCUAUGGAUCCAAAGGAUUCAAAGUCUUGCUCUUCAAUGAUAGUUGAUACUGGGUUUGUCAAGAGAAAUACUAAAUUCAUCGUCUCUGAUGAUCUGGUUAUCACUCCAAUGAACAAAUUUUCAACCAUUGGCCUGUUAAAGAAGAUGGAGAUUAACAUGAAAGACAUCGAGGCUCGGCCGAUUUGCAUUAAGAAAGCAGAGCUCAUCAAUAUAUUGAGUGCCUCCUUGAUUUCGUCCUCUGCUUUAACCAACGGUCUCUCGUCCUUACUUGCAAAGAAGCCAAAGAUAGAAACUUGAGUUCAGUUUGAAACGAAACAGGGCUUUGCUUUUCCUAUGUUGUUGAAGACAUUCAAGCUAGCAGUUUGGUUUUGAUGCUCUUCUUCUCUAUGUUUCAUUUCGUUUUGGUUUUUUUUUUUUUUCCUGUCUAGAUAUUCUCAGACUAAUGGUUUUAAGUGUUUUGUUGAUUAUCUUCCUAAAUAAAACUUGUCUUGUCUUGCA